UGGGACGUGCGCGUGUUGUACGACGGCGACUGCCCGCUUUGCGUGCGCGAGGUGGACUUCCUCCGUCGCAAGGACGCCGGGCGAGGAAAGCUGGACCUCGUGGACAUCGCGUCGGCGCGGUACGACCCGAGCGCCAACCGCGGCAUCGAGUUCGCGACAGCGAUGAGCACGAUUCACGGCAUCGAGCCCAACGGCGACGUCAUCACCGGCGUCGAGGUGUUCGAACGCGCGUACGCCGCCGUGGGGCUGGGAUGGGUGUACGCGUUCGCGAAGGUGCCCGCGCUGCUCGCGGCGGCGAACAAGGCGUACGACUUCUGGGCGGAGCGACGGAUGGAGGUCACCGGCCGGGGUUCCCUGACGGAGGUGCUGGAGCUUCGACGGAGA